AGGGAGUUGAUUUGUUCAAAGGUAGGAUGGAUUUUCAAUAGUUUUAAUGAAUUUAUUCGGUUUAGAAUGAUAAUUUAAUUUCGAAUAACCGGAGAUAAGAAGAAUAAACAAUGAUUCUCCGUCUAAGAAUUCGUUGUAUUUUUCUUUAAUAAAUACUGCAAAAGAAAUUAUAUUAAUUUGGAACUAAAAAAAUGGAAAAUCCAGGAUACACUGAAUAUAUGCAAGGAACUGAAAAGCAACCUGCUACUUUGACAACUUUAGAGCAACCAUCUUCCGUACCAACAUCUCCGCUCACAGCUCCACUGACCGAUGGCGAAUUAAGGGAAGCAUGCCAAACAUAUGUGAAGGAUUUUUGUUGCUAUGGGUCAAAAUUUCUCCGUGAAAUGAAUUUAAUAGAGAUACAGAAUGUUUGCGCUUUCCAUUACAAGCUGGAAUCACUGGGAGAAAGGAGAGAAACUGUUGUGAGAUCUGUUGCCUACCAAGGUGAAUAUGUAGAUACCAGUGGAGUAGCUCCCGAUCCUUGGGAAGUUCGAGUGGCCACAGAUGAUGGAACAAUUGAAUUUAAGGAACAUCAAGUCGUCACAAUAAUCCCGAACACAGCAUAUCUAAGUGACUGCAUUAAAUGUACUGGCAGGACAAAAUUACAGUGUGGAAACUGCUACGGUAGAGGAGUGAACAAUUGUUGUAACUGCAACGGCACUGGCAGAGUCGCCGCUGAUGAUGAUUGUUUUUCAACUAGAACUACAAUAUGUAUCUGGUGUAUUGGAACUGGCACAAAAACGUGUUGUACAUGCCAUGGCCGUGGCGAAGUGAGGUGUAAAGCUUGCAAGCAAGGAAAAAUGAAAAAUCACCAAGAGUUGAUUAUUACAUGGAAACCGCAUGUUGAUGACUUUAUUUCAAACACACAAAAUUUGCCGAAGGAAUUGAUUCUUGGAGUAGAAGGGCGGGAAUUAUUUAGUGAGAGAGCAAAUCCUGUUCAGCCCAUCAAUUUGCCAUACGAUAGGUGUGUGAAUGAAGCAUCUUCGUAUUUUGUGUCUAAACACGGAACGUCAUUUACAGAAGAGCAAAUCAUUGCUCAGCGGCACAACCUCCGAGCCGUUCCUUAUACAAAAGCAACAUAUACAUGGAAGAACAAGAAAGGGGAAUUCUACGUUUAUGGCUUAGAAAAGAAAGUUUACUUUGAAGAUUAUCCUCAAACUUGCUGCCUAUGUACUUGUUGCUGAUAGCUCUGCAAUGAUAAAUCUUUUUUUUUAAUGUGCUUAGAUGUAUAGCACAUUGCAAUAAACUCAAGAAAUUUCUUUAUAAAAAAGCAACAUUUACUUGAAAGAGCGGGAAAGAUGGAUUCUUGUUUGUGUAACAUACAAAAGAAGGUCUACCUUGAAGAUUAUCCUAAAAUUUCCUGUAUAUGUACUUAUUGCUGAUGGCUCUGCAAUGAAUCAUUUUUUUUUUCAAAUGUGCUAUAUUGUAUUGUAAGAGACUGUUAAACUCAGGAUAAUAAUAUGUAUUCUUUCAUUCUUUUCAUAAUAAUAGAAAUUAUCAUACAAGAAGUGGUAUCAUUUUAAUUUACAAUAUUGAUUUUUUGAAUAAUAUUAUGUUGUAUUUUCUAAUAAAUACUGAAUCCUGU